CCGACUUAGCCGCCACACAACGCAACGGAACCCUUCUCUCUCUCUCUCUCUCUCUCUGUCUCAGUUCGCCUGAGCUCUCUCCCCGCUCGGCUCUUACGACGCCGUUUUCUCCCGAGUCAACUCGACCGUACUCAUCUUGACUGUCGCGGCUCAGAUUCGUUGCGAGCCAAAUGGCUACGGUGGAGGAUAAAUUGGAGAGCGGUGAAUCAAUAGUGGCGAAUGGUGCUGAGAAAGUUGUUGAAGAGGAGGUUGAAGAAGAUGAAGGUGAGCUUUCUUGGUCUUCUGACUCGGAAAUUGGAGAAGCUUUGGACUAUUUGGACUCCAAGGAUGAUUACGAUGGAGUGGAAGGGGGUUUUACGCUUAAUUCGAGGCGGCCCAAUGCUCAUGGAGGGCUUCACUCACGGCCUAAUUCUUCGACCCUUCAACCGCUCAAUAAUCGCAACCAGAAGUUCUCUAAUCACAUCCGAGCUUCGCCUCUGGAGGAGUGGGAAGGGAGAAUCAAUGUUGGCAUGUCGAAUUCUGUAACGACUGCAAUUCGAGGAAGCUUUAGGGAGAUGGCAAUUGGUAGAACAAAAACUACUGAGAAAGCUGAUCGUGCCACUGUUGAGCAGGCAAUUGACCCAAGAACUCGGAUGGUUUUAUUUAAAAUGCUGAACCGGGGUGUAUUUCAUGAUAUUAAUGGCUGCAUUUCGACUGGUAAAGAAGCAAAUGUUUAUCACGCAACCAAAUCUGAAGGCAAUGAACUGGCCAUUAAAGUGUACAAAACAUCUGUUUUGGUAUUUAAGGACAGAGAUAGAUAUGUACAAGGGGACUAUCGCUUCAGACAUGGAUACUGCAGGCACAAUCCUAGGAAGAUGGUCAAGACUUGGGCUGAGAAAGAGAUGAGGAAUCUUAUUAGGCUAAAGGCUGCAGGAAUACGGUGCCCGACUCCAUUGCUUUUGAGACUUCAUGUUCUGGUGAUGGAAUUCAUAGGAAAAUCAGGUUGGGCUGCACCUCGUCUUAAGGACGCUAAUUUAUCACUAGACAAGCUUCGUGAAAGUUAUAUGGAGAUAAUUAUUGCGAUGAGGACGUUAUAUCAAAAGUGCAAACUGGUGCAUGGAGACCUUAGUGAAUACAACAUACUGUAUUUUGAGGGUCACUUGUAUAUAAUUGACGUCUCUCAAUCUGUUGAUUUGGACCAUCCUCACGCCCUUGAUUUUCUACGUGAAGAUUGUGUUCAUGUUUCUGAUUUUUUCAAAAAGCAUGGUGUGGCUGUUAUGACAAUCAGAGAACUAUUUGAUUUUAUAGUUGAUCCAUGUAUUGCAGAUGAUGGUGUGGAAAGUUAUCUUGAAGAGCUUCAACAAAGAAUCAUGUCGAGAGGGGACGUAACUGCAGAGGAAGAAAUUGCAGAUUCUGUAUUUGUGCAGUCAUACAUUCCAAAGACGUUAGAUCAUGUGAAAAAUGUUGAAGAGGAUGUGAUAAGGCUGACUAGUGGCCAGGACACGGGCGAUAUGUACUAUCAGACUAUCACCGGACUAAAACAGGCUCUUUCUAAAGAGCAACCAGCUCUAUUGGGGGAUCAGCCACAAGAAAAUGAGGUAAACCUUGAAGAAAAUUCCGCCGAGACUGAAUCCGAGGCUAGUAGCGAUGGAGAUGAAAACUUGACCGAUUCUGAAGGGAAUUCAUCGGAAACUGAGUCACAAGUUCCUGUUGAUAAGAAAGCUGCUAGAAAAGAGCACAAAAAGAAGGUGAAAGAAGAGAAGAGAGAGGGUCGAAAGAAUAAAGUGCCCAAGGCUUUGAAGAAAAGAAAGAAAAAGUUGUCUAAAGCCAAGAAGACAAGAUAGUUGGUAUUAGCAUUAUCUCUGAAUAUUUAUUGUAGAUAUCAGAGACAAAAUGGUUAACUUAUUAGAUAUCAAAGCAAUUUUGGCAGCUAUUUUGAUGAGCAAGCUGUUUAAUUUUUUUUAUUGAUUCACCCACUUUCAUUCGGAUGUAGUGAGGUUUUCUUACUAGAAAAUUUUGUUUUGUUGAUGGCUUGCUUGAUUUUCAUGAUAUAUCAACUGAUAUCUUUAGCAAA